GUUAGGUACCUAGGUACCUAUUGCUAUUUUAAGUAGCUUUCCGCUUCAGCCGCAAAAGUUGUUCACCGCCUCAGACCUGCAAUAUCCCGAAAGCCACCAUCUUCCUACUUUCUGUCUCUUGCUUGUAUCUGUGGCGGGUUGCUGUGAAGUCCACUCCCUUAUGUCGAAAUGGGUUCCAAAACACCUGAGAACGAGAGGCACAAAAAUCGUGAUAACCCUUCUAGCUCAGCUAAACGUAAUGCUGCUGGUGGAGAACCUCGCGGAGUUCAUUUGUCCCGGGACGGCGACGGUAGCCUGGGGGAUGGUGAAGGAGAUUCCGAUGACGAUGAAGACAACCACGCUUGCACUGCUACCUUGCCGCUGACGCAGCGACCUACAUCGGCAAAUAAUUCGAAGAAGAAAAGGAAGAAGCGAAAGAAGCGCAACAUUAAUGCUUCGCCAUUGAAGCAGACGUCGCCGCCGCGUAUUCCGCUUAGUGAGCUCUUUCCCAGUGGCCAGUAUCCGAUUGGUGAAGUCCAAGAAUAUUCUCCUACAGUUAUCAAUACGGCUCGCACGACGGCUGGAGAGAUAAGAUACCAGGCACGAUCUCAACUUGAGGAUGAUGGCUUUCUCGAUGACUAUCGAAAAGGAGCAGAAGUGCACCGUCAUGUCCGACAGUGGACACAGAAGAAUGUUCGUCCGGGCCAGAGCCUCAGCGAGAUCGCUUUGAGUAUUGAAGACGGUGUCAGAGCACUGCUUGGUAAUGACGGCCUUGAACCCGGAGCUUGCCUUAUAUCUGGUCUGGGAUUUCCGACUGGGCUGGCACUGAACAAUUGCGUCGCGCAUUAUACGCCUAACCCGGGUCAAAGGGACAUUGUGCUACAAGCCAGCGACGUCAUGAAAGUCGACUUUGGCGUUCACAUCAACGGCUGGAUUGUUGAUAGUGCGUUCACAAUUACAUUCGAUCCAACUUACGACAAUCUACUCUCAGCAGUUAAAGAUGCAACUAAUACUGGUAUCAAGAAUGCUGGAAUCGAUGUACGCAUCAGCGAUGUCAGUGCCGCAAUUCAGGAGACUAUGGAAAGUUACGAGGUGGAGAUCAAUGGCAAGACAGUCCCCGUUAAGCCUGUUCGGAAUCUCUCUGGCCAUGACAUCAAGCACUAUCGGAUCCACGGGGACAAAUCGAUUCCAUUCAUUAAGAACAAUGAUCAGACAAAGAUGGAAGAAGGUGAAAUCUUUGCCAUCGAAACUUUUGGAUCCACAGGUCGCGGAUAUGUCACGGAUGGUCCUGGCGUCUAUGGCUACGGCAAAGACCCUUAUGCACCAAAGAAGAUCACCUCUUCUCUUGCUUCGGCUCGAUCUCUGUAUCAAAAAAUCAACGAAAACUUCGGCACAAUUGUGUUUUGCCGCCGCUAUCUCGAGCGUCUCGGCGUGCAGCAUUAUUUGGCUGGUUUGAACAACCUUGUUUCACAAGGUGUUGUAGAAAAGUACGCGCCUCUUAUGGAUGUCGCAGGGUCGUACUCGGCGCAAUUUGAACAUACCAUCCUUUUGCGGGAAUUUAACAAGGAGAUAAUCAGCCGGGGAGAUGAUUAUUGAAGUCUGUGAUGCAUUGAACACCACUAGAGUCUAGUCUUCAUCACUUGGCGCCCUUUGUCGUAUGAAUUACCCAGCAUGACUCUGUUCAACAUGUGGUUGCAAUCAUUCCGAGGCCAUUCAACAUGGUCCGAUAAAAUAUCUGCUGCUAGCGGGGUAUUUUAUGUACGCUCUUUAUUCAACAACCGUAUAUGGUGCGAGGCAAAAAGACCCUGAAUCGAUCUAUUGUGACAAAGAAACCAAGAUUUCUAAAUCUUAUAGUAACUACCCUUUACAGGCGAUAUCGCUACGUUAGACUUACUUAAUUUCUGGCAGGGAAAAGGAUAUAUAAGUGCAAGUUAGCUUCUUGCAAUGAUUGAAAGCAAGCUACUAGAUGGGGGCCCUAUGGCAUGCAACUGUACGAGUGGGUAGCUAGCCGAUAUAGAACUCUGGGCCUAUUCACAUAGACUUAAGUAUUAACUAGGGGGCAGAAGCAUCCGAUACCUUAACAUAUAUUACG